AUGGUCGACACAAAUACUCGCACAGCCCUGUUUGUCAUCGACGUCCAGGCCGAAAUGGCGCGCGACCCAGCCACGCAAAUUCCUCACGCUGACCGCGUCGUCAAAGCUGGCGAGGCAAUUCUGCAGGCUGCCAGGCGCGCAAUCGUCAAUGCCAGUUCCAGUUCCAGCAAGGAUAAGACUCCCUCUCUUAUUGUUAUUGUCCAGCACGAAGAACCAAACGGGACACUGCUCCGUGGCAGUGAUGCCUGGCAGCUUGUCCUGCCGCCCCGGCUCGGCGUCGAAACGGAGAUUCUCGUUGCCAAAACGACGCAGGACACAUUUGAAUCGAACCCCGAUCUGGCGCAGCGGCUGCGUGACUUGAACAUUGGCCGCAUCGUGACGUGCGGUAUGCAAAGCGAGUGCUGCGUGCUGUCGACAAGCCGCGGCGCGCUGGCGGCAGGUUUUGAUGUCACACUGCUGAGCGGUGCGCACUCGACGUACGACGAUAGUGGCAAGACGGCCGUGGAGAUUGAGCGAGGCGUGGAGGCUGAGCUUCAGGCAAAAGGUGCCCACAUCCUUCCGUGGGAGGACGUGAUCAAGUCGUGGGAGUAA